GAAAAGUACAAAUUAAUUAGUUUCUGAAGUGAAGUCAAGAAUGCGUAACGUGAGAUUUCAAUUGGAUGUGAUGCAAUAUCAAAGAACUAUUUUCUAACGUUUGCCUAAUCGCACUAAAGUUAAUGUGAGCAUGCCAUCAUUGAAUUAUUAGGAAUAGUGGUACGAGCUCAGUGUUAGUGAAUAUUCGUGAAGGCCUCAAUCAAUAUGAGCGCACCGAUUAUUAUCACCGUACCUAACAACUACUUGAGGGUGGACAAUGGGGAUUCCCAGGUCGUCGUGGAUGUUUCCCCAGCUCCACCUUCAAGGAAGCGACGGCUCGACCACUUGUCGUGGGAAGAGAAGAUGCAGCGAAAGAAGUUGAAAAACCGAGUCGCGGCGCAGACUUCCCGUGAUCGCAAAAAAGCCAGGAUGGACGAGAUGGAGACCAAGAUACAACAGUUUAUGGAUGUCAAUGAUCGUUUGAUUAAAGAGGUGGAGAAUUUGAAAGCUAUGAAUGAGCGUUUGUUGAGUGAAAAUGCAACACUACGCAGUGAAGCAGCGGCGCGGACCGUCGCGGAAGCCCCGAGACCAGCGGCGUCUCGACCUCAGCAGAAGGAGGGGCCUCCGUCGGCGAUCCACGCGGCUCGCCUGCUGGUAGCGAUGUGUCUUCUCUCACAGACAUCCUCGCACACCUCGAGUCUGAUGAAUACCUUGACACCCUCCAUCAACUUGCAGACUCCCUCCUCAAAGAAAUUGAUGCAGGUUCUUCAGAAUCGCCUAAAGAUGAAUCAGUCUGGCAAAAUAGAGAAUGCUCUGAAGCAGCUGAAGUGGUGGGGACCACAUCAAAGCAUGUGGAAUCCAGUGGAAGUGCAAUCGUAGAUAGUGAGAUCAACAUGAAACAUGAUGUCAAUAGGAUACUUGAACAGCAUUCAUAUGCACAUCCCUACCCUAGCAUUGAAGUUACAGAUGUUGAUAUAAAAGAAGAAAAUGGUGACAAAGGAGAUAUAUUUUAUGCUAGCUAUGAAGCUAAUGAUUGUGUAACAAUUGAAGUGCCCUGUGAGGAGCAAGUGGUAGAGGAAAUAAUCCCAGAUAAACCAGAAAUGAUCCCAGAUGAAUUGGAAGUGGUCCCAAAUGAACUACAGACUGACUUCAAUACAUUAACUGACCACUGUUUCGACAUUACUUUAGAAUGUGAUAUGAAAUUGUUAUCUCCUUUGACCUUAUCACCCAAAUCAAUUGAAGAAAAUCUAGGCCUUUCACCAUCUCAUACAAAUUUCAGCUCAGAUUUAGGUUAUGAAUCAUUAGCAUCACCAUUAAGUGAAUCUGAAUCUUUGGACCUGUCAGAUUUUUGGUGCGAAUCUUUCUCAGAAUUAUUCCCUGGAUUAGCAUAGGGAUGUAUUCUGUAAUUAAUCACCAAAGACUGAUUAGGCUAAGAUUGUUAUAAUAAUAAGUUGAAUGACAAAUUAUUCAUAAUAUAUUUUAUUUAUUGUUAAGAUGCUUGUUUCAUUUGUAAGUGUAAUUUAGUGUAGGGAUGUAUAUUAUAAGUGCUGUAAAUAAAGUGAUGUAUCUA